AUUGUGGCAUUUCAGCAUGUGUUCUAGACCUUUGAAGGAGACAGCAGUGUGAAGUUUGUCUUUCUCUACCUCACAAAGAGUCACCCUACCUCUGGUACAUUUUCUUUUUUUUUUUUCAUCAAAGUCAUUUGAUGGUACAGAUUCUUCAUUUUAAUCUGUGGAAAUAAUGAAGAUCCACAAUCAAGACCAUCAGCUGCACAGGAACGGCUUCCUCCAUCACGCAGAACAUGAAAGCUGUGCGGAUGAAGCUGAUGGUAAAGUCAUGUUACAGAUCAACAGUAAAUGGAACAACAUCCACCUGUUCCUGGUGUGUGUUUCAUUGGGAGUGUCUCUUGUCAUGCUGCUCGAUGGCUGUCGCUCCUCUGAUUCGUGGGUUCUGCUUGGUUCUUCUGGAUUGCCCAUCUGGGACUGGACAGCUGUUUCUGUGGUGCUGUUAUUCACUGGCCUACAGGGGGCGCUCUAUUAUCUACCUGUUGGACAGAUGACUGAGGGCAAGAUGGGUUUUAAUGGAAAGCGUUUAAAAUACAAACUCAACGGUCUGUAUGCAUUUCUGGUGAGUGUGGUUCUGUUAUUUUGUCUGUGGUUCUGCGGGGUUCUGCGGGCCAGCAGUGUGACUGACAGACUGUUUGCACUGGUCACUGCUGGCGUGAGUGUCGCUCUGAUGUUUAGUCUGGCGCUGUACCUGUGCCCAAUCAUGACACACUCCUCCGCACACGUGUACUACCACAACACAGCAAAGCCCCUGUUGAAUUUUGCACUUGGUCAGAAUUUGGACCCUCGUCUGGGCAAAAUUGAUGUAAAACAAUUUGUCAUGGUCAGGAUUGGGUUCAUCGGCUGGGCCCUGAUGGAUCUGAAUUAUCUCUUGAGUGCCGUAGAGAUGAACUCGCUCUCUGUGUCUCUGCUGCUAGUCAUCGUCUUUCAGCUCAUUUACAUACUCGACUUCCUCAUCGAUGAGGCAUCUGUGUUAACGACCAAAGAGUUCACGGAGGAGCCGAUUGGGUUCAUUAUGAUUCUGGGCGAAUUUAUCUGGAUCCCGUUCUUCUCUAGUCUUCCUGUUUACUUCCUUCUCCAGAGACCCAAUCACAUCCAUUUCCUGUCUGCUGUGCCCAUCUGUCUGCUGUUUGGUACUGGCUUUUUGAUUUAUUACCUGUCCAAUGAACAGAAGGAUGGUUUCCGCAGAAAUCCAAAUGACCCAGCCUACGCUUGUCUGCAGACGAUCCAAAGCCCAUCAGGACAGAGUCUCCUGGUCUCAGGAUGGUUCGGUUGGGUCCGACACCCGAAUUACUUCGGAGACAUUCUGAUGGUGUUUGCCUGGUGUUUCCCCUGUGGGUUCACCAGCAUUCUGCCGUACCUGCCUGCACUGCAGUGUUUCAAUUUAUUAAGGAAACGAGCCAGUGAGAUCGAAGAUACAUGUCUGAAGAAGCAUGGAGUUGCUUGGCAAGAAUACUGUCGGCGAGUGCCAUACAAACUGCUGCCUUAUGUGUAUUGAAGACCUGAUCUGAUAUCUGUAAUGUGUCUUUAUUCAUACUUUUAUAACAGCAUUGUUCUUGUAUUAAGAGUUAUAAUUCUCAGGUCUGUAACUUCUGUAUCAAACACAAUAAAACUGGUGUGUUGCAACAUGUCAA